AUGCUAUAUAUUAUUGCAAGGCCUGUCUGGACUGUGGUAAUGUUAAAGCCUGAUAUGAACGUGACAAUGCUAUAUUAUAUUGCAAGGCCUGUCAUGACUGGAUCGGAAAGAAGGAAGUGCUUCUUACAUCAACAUCAACAAAAGUUCAAUCCUCAAACAUUUCACUAUAUCAAGUUGGCAAGCAUUCUUCACAGAAAAAAAUUAAUUCCUAAAAUAUCUGAACAUGAGAAGGCAGUUCCGAACAUCCAUUCUCGAAGUCUAGACCCUCAUACGAUGGCCUCAUGUGACAGUUCAGAGGAUGACCUAGAAGUAGCAUCUGUUUUGUCUAAAGGGAAGUAUGGUUUCUACAGAGGGUGUCAAUCACCUGGGAGAUCGCCCAGAAGUCUGAGCUCCAAUAAACACAGCUCCCCCAGGUGUUCAUCGACUAUUCUUACUAAUGUUCACCGUGGGAAUACAAGGACAGUGUCUCCUAAGUCAAAUGAAUUGCCUGUUCAGCAAAUAGCUGCCAGGGGUGACAUACAACUUCUUCAAUAUGAACUUGACAAAGUUGAAGGUAGUACAAUCAACCAGAUUGAUAGCAAUGGAUUCACUCCUCUCAUGUGGACAUGCAUGAAUGGACAUACUGCUGCAGUUUCAGUUCUCCUUGAACGUGGGGCAAAUAUCGAUAUAUCACCAGAUGUAACAUCACCCAGUGGCUUCCACCCACUGUUAAUUGCCUGUAGUGAAGGCCAUAGAAUGAUUGUGCAACAUCUGCUUGACUAUGGAGCAAGUGUUAAUGAAUGCGAACCUGAAAAUGAAACGAGUGGUCUCUUGUAUGCAGUAUAUGGUGGUCAUUCUGCAGUGGUAGACUUACUCCUUGAAAGAGGAGCUGAUGUAACACAUACCAACGAAGAUGGUCUCACUGCCUUGGACUUGGCCUAUCAGAUGCAUAAUACUCAAGUGCAGAAGGCCCUAGAGGGAUAUAUCCUAGAUGUACUGGAGAAUGGAUGAGGAUCCUAUGAAUACAAAGAUGAGUGGCUUGUUGUGAGACACUUAACUAAUGAACCAAGUCAUUAUAGGAACACACAUACCACCUACCCAAGUCAUAACUUAGACUAGCCUCUGAGGCUUAAGGCAUGCUAGGACAUGUAAAGACUGAAGCUGUCCUCUCAGAUCACUGUGCGAGGACGUGGUCAAGACUUAUGCUGCGCUCUCAGAUCACUGUGCUAGGAUGUGGUCAAGACUUAUGCUGCCCUCUCAGAUCACUGUGCUAGGACGUGGUCAAGACUUAUGCUGCGCUCUCAGAUCACUGUGCUAGGAUGUGGUCAAAACUUAUGCUGCCCUCUCAGAUCACUGUGCUAGGACGU